AUGGAUGAUGGAAGAGUGCUGAAAAUAAUCUAUAAUGAAGAUGAGGAUGCAGAGAAAGUGAAUUCAGUCGUAAUAGAGGACUUGGAAGUACUGGGUAACGCAAAAAGGGUGGUAAAUAUGUAUCGCUAUCGAGAGGAGAGGAAACCUGCAAAGAUCAUUGUCAUCGGAGACGAACUGAUCAAGGCCUUGUCUGUUCAUCGCUGCAAUCUCGUCAAGUCCUGUAGUGACUGUGUGAAGCUUCAAGACCCUUACUGCGCAUGGGACACGAUGGACAAGGGUCAUUGCACCGAAGUGGCCAAUGGAAGUAAUGAAAUCAAGCCCUUCCGCUACGUCCAAGAUAUCCGCUCUGGGAAUAGCUCACAGUGCCCACGAACCGCUCGCUGCUGGUGCGACGGCAGCAACUGGAAGGCGUCUGGAUGA